GGCAUAGCAUUCUUCCCGUGUCCACUUCGCUCUCUGCAAGAUGUGUCGUUUUGCAAUGCUGUUGUUUGUGGUGUUGGCGGUGACGGCCGUCGUGGUGACAGAAGCACAGAGGGAACCUUCAGCUUCAAAGUGUCAGGCUGCAACAGAACUAGCCAUACAAAUUCUGCAGGCAGCGAAAGGCGCUCACACCGGGGUGGUCGUGGGACCCCACAAGAGGAACUCGGAGCUCAUCAACUCUCUUCUGGGUCUUCCCAAGUUCAUGAUUGACGCCGGCAGGAGGUGAUGAGAUGCCUCCCUCUUCACAAGUUUAUGGUUAUGAUUAGAUGCACAAAUCUGAGCCCAAAAUCCCAUGAACCAGUUAUAACGUUUCUUAUUCUGGGAUUGUACUAGACAGAAAAGGAUAUGUCCUGUAAUUUGUGUUUCUUUGGUGUACUAAUUCUGAGCAUAAUUGUUUGACUCUGUGCAGG